CACAAUACAAGUACUCUUCUUGCUCACCUUCUUCUCCAUUCCAAUCCCUUUUUAUCUCUUCCUUCCUCACAAUACAAUCACUUUCCCUCCUCAACACAAUCUUUUCUUUCCUCUUUUUCACUCCACUUUCCUUCAACUACUACUAAUACUCUCUUUUCCUACUUGGGUCUUUCCUUUUAUAGAAUUCCAACUUGUUUUCAAUACCCCACCUCUCUCUCUCUCUCUCUCUCUCUCUCUCUCUCUCUCUCUCUCUCUCUCUCUCUCUCUCUCUCUCUCUCUCUCUCUCUCUCUCUCUCCAUGCCGUCUCUCUCAGAGGCUUUCAAAGCCGACCCAGUCCAUGUAAACAUCACCCAACUGGACUUGGACUCGGUGAAAGAGUUACCAGACACGCACGCCUGGCCCCCUCUCGAUGAUGACUCGUUCGAUGCCGAGUCGGUCCCUGUCAUCGACCUUACUGAUCCCAACGUUGUAACUCAGAUAGGCCAUGCAUGUGAAACGUGGGGUGUAUUCCAAAUCACAAACCAUGGUCUUUCAAUGGAUCUUCUCAACCACGUUGAGUCCCAGUGUCGCUGCCUCUUCUCACUACCAGCCCAGCAAAAGCUAAAAGCUUCCCGCCCGCCCGACGGCGUAACAGGCUAUGGCCUCGCUCGCAUCUCUUCUUUCUUCUCCAAGAUCAUGUGGUCCGAAGGCUUCACCAUUGUCGGGUCCCCCAUGGAACAUGCUCGCAAGCUUUGGCCCGAUAACUACACCCAAUUCUGUGAUGUAAUAGAAGAAUACGAGAAGGAGAUGAAGAAGCUUGCAGGGAGGCUGAUGUGGCUGAUGCUGGCUUCAUUGGGUAUGACCGAGGAAGAUGUGAAGUGGGCGGGUCCCACAGGCGAGUUUCAAGAUUCAUCUGCCGCACUGCAAUUGAACUCGUACCCAGCUUGCCCGGACCCGAACCGAGCCAUGGGUCUAGCUGAGCACACCGACUCACCCCUUCUCACCAUACUCUACCAAAGCAGCACCAGCGGUUUGCAAGUACUGAGAGAUGGUGGCCAUGGUUGGGUGACCGUCCCACCACUGGAAGGCGCGCUCGUGAUCAACGUCGGCGAUCUCCUCCACAUCCUCUCCAAUGCCCAGUUCCGCACCGUUCUCCACCGUGCCGUCGUAAACCGCUACCAACAGCGCUUCUCCGUCGCCUACCUAUGGGGCCCACCAACCCACAUCCAGAUCGCACCCUUCUCAAAGCUCAUCACCGCCAACCGCCCCCAGCUCUACCGCUCUAUCACAUGGACUGAGUACCUAAGCAUCAAGGCCAAACAAUUCAACAAGGCCCUCAACGCGGUCCGCCUAAUCCCACCGUUAAAUCUAUCCAUCGAUACCAACAACGGCCAUAACAGCGUGGAGGUCGGCUGUUGAAAGAGGUGGUGGGCCUACACCUCUCUCUAUCUAUCUCUCUAUGAUGUAAUUGGGAUGUACAUGUGAUUGUUUGGAUGGUUGUGGGUAGAAAAGAGGAGAAGAAAUUGGUUAGUUCCCAAGAGCAAGGCCCAACUAGAUAAGUUAUAUCAAAUCAUGUAGAUGCAUGCAAACAAACGGUCGCUGUUCUUACUCUUGUCUCUUAUACAAAAAGAUAGAGAGGAUUCUUAUUUGAA